GCGGCAGCUGCUGACUGCCCUCUGGGCACUAGUGACCCGGCCUUCCGUCCUCUCCAUUCGCCGGUUGAUCUCUAGCUCGGACCCGCGCGCCCAUGAUGCUGGCGCUCCGCUGCGGACCCCGCCUGCUCGGCCUGCUCUCCGGCCCGCGCUCAGCGCACCUGCGCCUCCCGACGGUCCGCGCUUGCAGCAGCGGCAGCGGCUCCCACGGCUCGUCCUCUUCCUCCGGGAACCCGCUCGUGUACCUGGACGUGGGCGCUGACGGGCAGCCGCUCGGCCGCGUGGUGCUGGAGCUGAAGGCAGAUGUCGUCCCAAAGACAGCAGAGAACUUCAGAGCCCUGUGCACCGGGGAGAAGGGCUUCGGAUACAAAGGGUCCACCUUCCACAGAGUGAUUCCGUCCUUCAUGUGCCAGUGGCGACAGUCAUCCAGCGCUCCGUGCUCGCAGGCCGGCGACUUCACCAACCACAACGGCACGGGGGGAAAGUCCAUCUAUGGAAGCCGCUUCCCUGACGAGAACUUCAAACUGAAGCACGAGGGGCCGGGCGUCCUGUCCAUGGCCAACGCGGGCCCCAACACCAACGGCUCCCAGUUCUUCAUUUGCACCAUAAAGACAGACUGGCUGGAUGGCAAACAUGUUGUGUUUGGCCAUGUGAAAGAGGGCAUGGACGUCGUGAAGAAAAUAGAAUCUUUCGGCUCCAAGAGUGGGAAGACAUCCAAGAAGAUCGUCAUCACAGACUGCGGCCAGUUGAGUUGACCCCGUGUGCUUUCAGGAGGCCUCUCAGGAAUGUCAGACCCCACAGGGCCCACCGGGCAGCUUCCCCAGUGCCCUCCCUUCCCCAGCGCCCCGUUUCUGGACACCCAUCGUGGACACAGUAUCACCACUCCUUGUAGGCAUCGCCUGUGACCACCCGGCUCAAGUUCACCUGUG